GAAAUAAUUGUCAAAAUGCAACAGUGUUUAAAAUGGAUCGAUCACAAAAGUGGGUCUUAGAUAAGAACUUUGAACCUUAGAUAAAAGUGCUAAAUUUUUUUGUAUAUAAAGUAGGGAAAAUUCGCAAUUAUCUUUAGUUCCAUAUUCAAACAUGAAAAUAAUAGUAGUCGGUCUUUUGUUGGUGAUUUCCUUAGUUGGACACGAGACAAACGCAAAAAGUGUGGCCAACACCUUGGCCAACGAAAUCGGUCAGGAUGCCUCCGCUUUCGGUAAUGAAUUAGGCCAAGAGGUCACCCAAUAUGGCCAAGAAGCCGCCAAAAGCGGCGUGAAGUACGGAGAAGCAGCAGAAAAUGCCUCCUCCGGUUGGGAACUUGGAAUGGAUGGCAGCAUUUUUGGACACGAAUUGGGAGAUGAGGGCAAUUUGUUAGGACAAGAAGCUUCCAAUAGCGCUAUUAACUUUGGACAUCAGGUGUCCCAGGAAGCGGAAGAGGCAGCCAGUGCAGAACUCAAGGCCUUGGCAAGCCAGUCUGCCAAUCAAACCAGUAAGAAAUCUGUCAGUAAGCGUGAUGUAUCAAGUAGCAACGAGAAUCCUUCGGUUACCUGUGCUUGCACCUGUUCCACCGAUGGCGCUGCAUCCAAUGUGGGAAAUAAGGUUGCAGAGUCGGCCGGAAAGGCAGCUCAUGAUGUAGCCGGCGCUGCUGGAAAUGUGGCCUCGAGUGUUGCUGGAGCUGCAGGCACUAUCGCUCACGAUGCUGCAGGUGCUGCAUCUAGUGUUGCAAGUGAUGCUGGACACAUUUUCCACGACGCCGGCAAGGUUGGAGGUGACAUUGGAAAUGCAGCUGGAAAUGCUGCUGGAAAUGUGGCCUCGAGUGUUGCUGGAGCUGCAGGCACUAUCGCUCACGAUGCUGCAGGUGCUGCAUCUAGUGUUGCAAGUGCUGCUGGACACAUUUUCCACGACGCCGGCAAGGUUGGAGGCGACAUUGGAAAUGCUGCUGGAAAUGUAGCUGGAAAUGUUGCACAUGAUGCUGCAAAUGCUGCUGGAAGUGUCGCUGGAAGUGCAGCAAAUGCUGCUGGAAAUGUUGCCUCGAGUGUUGCUGGAGCUGCUGGCACUAUCGCUCACGAUGCUGCAGGUGCUGCAUCUAGUGUUGCAAGUGAUGCUGGACACAUUUUCCACGACGCCGGCAAGGUUGGAGGUGACAUUGGAAAUGCAGCUGGAAAUGCUGCUGGAAAUGUGGCCUCGAGUGUUUCUGGAGCUGCAGGCACUAUCGCUCACGAUGCUGCAGGUGCUGCAUCUAGUGUUGCAAGUGAUGCUGGACACAUUUUCCACGACGCCGGCAAGGUUGGAGGCGACAUUGGAAAUGCAGCUGGAAAUGUAGCUGGAGAUGUUGCGCAUGAUGCUGCAAAUGCUGCUGGAAGUGUCGCUGGAAGUGCAGCAAAUGCUGCUGGAAAUGCAGCAAACGCUGCUGGAGAUGUUGCUAAUGCUGCUGGAAAUGUAGCUGGAAAUGCAGCAAAUGCUGCUGGAGAUGUUGCAAAUGCCGCUGGAAAUGUAGCUGGAGAUGUUGCUAAUGCUGCUGGAAAUGUAGCUGGAAAUGCAGCAAAUGCUGCUGGAGAUGUUGCAAAUGCUGCUGGAAAUGUAGCUGGAGAUGUUGCUAAUGCUGCUGGAAAUGUCGCUGGAGAUGUUGCUAAUGCUGCUGGAAAUGUUGCUGGAGAUGUUGCAAAUGCCGCAGGAAACGUUGCUGGAGAUGUAGCUAAUGCUGCUGGAAAUAUUGCACAUGAUGCAAGCAACAUUUUCCACUCUAUAUUUUAGAGUUUCUCUCUACUUUUCUACAUAUUUGUCCUAAUAAAUGAACGAGCAAAUUAAUGACCUAUGCACUUGUUAUACUUUAAGCUAUAGAUCUCUAUAAAAUCCCAUUACAUUUCUGUUUUGACUUCUGAA